CCGAUAAUUGAAAAUCAGAGGUCCAUUUCGAUGCUAGCAGAAUUCCACCGGUAAUCUUCUUCUCCGAUCAAAACACCCAAAACCUCCGUAGAACCCUAGCUCAACUUACAUUGAUUUUCGCCAUGAAAUUCGUUUACAAUUAAACGAAAAAAAUUCCCCCUUUCAGAUUCUACACGUACACUCGUACUGGUUGAAGAUUGCAAAGAAAAAGAAGGGAUGGAGGGCCAAUCGAAUGAAGAUUCGAUUUCAGCAAUAAAAGAGAUGAAACAGCAGCUUGAAUCUCGUGCAGAAACCCUCCACACAACUCAGCUAGAUAUCAUCGCCUCCCUCGAAACCCUAGCCCCCGGCAUUGUUUCCUCUCUCGACCUCUCUCUCAAAACCAUCUCUGCUUUCAACGACAAACCAUAUACUCCCCUCUCGCAAAUUCUCCCCUCUAAACCUAAUUGUUUAAUCAAACCCCAUAUCCCCAAAUUCCCAUUGGAUAAUAAUCAUAAUAGUAAUAAUAACAAUUCCAAAGUCCCUGUUUCGAAUCCUUCACCUACUAGAGAGUUGGAGAGGUCUUCUUUGCUCGACGAAAGUGGCGGGCCCCUUUCGGUUGUUAGGUCAAUGGUGGCCGUGUGUUUGCUCGAGAGAGUGCCGUUCAACCCGAUCGAUUCUUCGACGGUUUUGAGAAAGCUGGAGAAUGAUUCUUCAGCUACAGUAGCUGAGAGGGCAGCAUUGAGGGAGUUGGGGGGUGAGUCGGGGGCGAUUCUUGCUGUGGAGAUGGCUUUGAGGUCAAUAGCCGAGGAUAACGGCAGCGUUGAGCUGGAGGAGUUUGUUGUGAGCGGAAAGUCGAGAGUAAUGGUUAUGAAUAUUGAUAGGACUAGGCUUUUGAGAGAACUGCCUGAAACCAAGCAGUUGAAUGAGGGGAAUUCGAAUAGUGCCGAAGUUGGGAGAAGUGGGGAGAAUGGUGGAGGUUUUGGUGUGCAGGAUAUGUGGAUGGGAGGGGGGCAACCGCCCCCUAUGAUGAUGAUGGGGCCAAGGGGGGCUGGUGGUAUGAUGGGCCCCAGAGGGAUUGGUAUGAUUGGGGUGCCGAGAGGUGUUGGGGUGCCGCCACCUAUGCAUAGGCAGGUUCCUACACUUGUAAAACCGAGGACCGAAGAGGAUGAUAUGAAGGAUCUUGAGGCUUUAUUGAAUAAGAAGAGUUUUAAGGAAAUGCAAAAGUCGAAAACUGGGGAGGAGCUUUUAGACCUCAUCCACCGGCCUACUGCUAAAGAAACUGCCGUGGCUGCUAAGUUCAAAAGCAAAGGUGGUUCACAAGUGAAAGAAUACUGCUCAGCUUUAACGAAAGAAGAUUGCCGACGGCAGUCUGGUUCCUUCAUUGCCUGUGAUAAGGUUCAUUUUCGGCGCAUAAUUGCUGCACAUACCGAUGUAAAUUUGGGGGACUGUUCGUUUCUCGACACUUGCCGUCACAUGAAGACAUGCAAGUAUGUUCAUUAUGAACUGGACUCGACUCCCGAUGUAUCAUCUAUGAUGAUGGGGCAAAAUUCUUUAACUCCUCAAAAGUCACUGAAGCCUCAAAGUGCUCAUUAUUGCUCAGAAGUAGAGCUUGGUGAACCACAAUGGAUUAACUGUGACAUACGUUCGUUUAGAAUGGAUAUCUUAGGUCAAUUUGGAGUUAUUAUGGCUGAUCCGCCUUGGGAUAUUCAUAUGGAGUUGCCUUAUGGAACUAUGGCUGACGAUGAAAUGCGCACGCUUAAUGUUCCUGCUUUACAGACUGACGGUCUCAUUUUUCUUUGGGUUACUGGUCGUGCAAUGGAACUUGGAAGGGAAUGUUUGGACCUUUGGGGGUACACGCGUAUUGAGGAAAUCAUAUGGGUGAAGACGAAUCAACUUCAAAGAAUAAUCAGAACGGGUCGUACAGGCCAUUGGCUUAACCACAGCAAGGAGCAUUGCCUUGUUGGAGUAAAGGGAAAUCCUGAAGUUAACAGAAAUAUCGACACUGAUGUCAUUGUCGCCGAAGUUCGCGAAACAAGUCGUAAACCAGAUGAGAUGUACGCCAUGCUGGAAAGGGUGAGUCCAAGGACAAGAAAGCUGGAGUUGUUUGCAAGGAUGCAUAAUGUAAAAGCUGGGUGGUUAUCACUUGGGAAUCAGUUGCAAGGAGUACGAUUGGUGGAUGAAGGGCUAAGAGCAAGAUUUAAGGCAGGUUAUCCAGAUGUGGAUGUGCAGCCAACAUCACCACCCAGGGUGACAUCAUCAACUCCCAUGGAAGUCGAUACCAAACCAUCCGGUGGGACCCACUUUGCAGAACCUACCUGAUCAGUACAGAAUCUAGAGAUUAAUCACAAUUACGAUUGUGCAUUGCAGUUAUAUCAAGUGAUGAAGAAGAAGAAGAAGAAGAAGAAGAAGAAGAAGAAACUAUAGUGGCAUUUCUUUUCUGAUGAAAACUUGUUGUAAUAGCACUUGCAAUAUUCGUAUCAGCCUUUUAAAUUAGGAAAUAACAUUGUAAAUCAUAUUUUAAUUUUUGUUUAUUCUAUUAAUUUAUAAUUGGGAA